UCCGCCCUAAGUCACAUGCUCGUGGUACGCCGCGCGUGCUGCCUCCUCCGGCUCUCCUCCUCCUCCCACCCGCCCGCGACUAGGGUUUUGCCCGCCGCCAUCUACCUCACCUCCUCCUCCUCCGCCGCCGCAUCCGCCCCCGCGCCACCGGCGAUGGCGGCCUCGACGGAGUGGCCGGCGAGCCGAGUGCGGGAGACCUUCAUCUCCUUCUUCGAGUCCAAGUCCCACACGCGGUGGCCGUCCAGCCCCGUCGUCCCCGUCGACGACCCCACGCUGCUGUUCGCCAACGCCGGGAUGAACCAGUUCAAGCCGGUCUUCCUCGGCACCGCCGCCCCGGACGCGCCGCUGGGCCGCCUCCGCCGCGCCUGCAACACCCAGAAGUGCAUCCGCGCCGGGGGGAAGCACAACGACCUCGACGACGUCGGGAAGGACACCUACCACCACACCUUCUUCGAGAUGCUCGGGAACUGGUCCUUCGGGGACUACUUCAAGGAGGAGGCCAUCGGAUUUGCCUGGGAGCUCCUCACCCAGGUGUACAAAUUGCCUACCGAUAGAAUUUAUGCGACUUACUUUGGUGGUGAUGAGAAAUUUGGACUUGCUCCUGAUACGGAGUCGAAGAACAUAUGGUUGAAAUACCUACCCAAAGAAAAAGUUCUACCUUUCGGUUGCAAGGAUAAUUUCUGGGAGAUGGGUGAUACUGGUCCUUGUGGGCCAUGUACUGAAAUUCAUUUUGAUCGUGUUGGCAACCGUGAUGCUGCUUCCCUAGUGAACAAUGAUGACCCCACUUGUAUUGAGAUAUGGAAUCUUGUGUUCAUUCAGUUCAAUAGGGAAGCAGAUUGUACUCUGAGACCUUUACCAGCAAAACAUGUUGACACAGGAAUGGGAUUUGAACGCUUAACUUCUAUCCUUCAGAAUAAAAUGAGCAAUUAUGACACAGAUGUAUUCAUGCCAAUAUUUGAUGCCAUCCACCAAUUGGCUGGCAAUGGAAUUCAAUCAUACUCGGGUAAAGUAGGUCCUGAAGAUGUUGACAAAGUUGAUAUGGCUUACAGAGUAGUUGCAGAUCACAUAAGAACCCUUUCGUUUGCUAUUGCUGAUGGUUCUCAACCUGGAAAUGAGGGCAGAGAAUAUGUUCUGAGGCGUAUUCUUAGGCGCGCUGUUCACUUUGGUCAUCAAAAGUUGAAAGCAAAGCAAGGAUUUUUUAGCUCUCUUGUACAUGUAUUUGUCCAACUGAUGGGAGAUGUAUUCCCUGAGCUGAAGGACAAUGAAAAGAAGAUCAAAGAUAUAAUUAAAGAUGAAGAGGAAAGCUUUGAGAACACUCUAGCAAAGGGUUUUGAAAAAUUUAAGAAAGCGGCAGAUGCUGUUAAAGAGAGUGGAGGAACAGUACUUAGUGGACAGGAUGCAUUUGUCCUGUGGGACACCUAUGGCUAUCCAGUUGACCUGACUGAGGUCAUGGGAGUUGACUAUGGCUUGAGUGUGGAUCGGGAGGGUUUUGAUGCUGCAAUGGAAGAAGCGAGGCAGAAGGCUAGGAAUGCACGCUUCAAGGCUGGGGAAAAUUCCAUUGUCUUGGAUGCCAAUGCUACAGCACAGCUGCGCAACCAAGGGCUUGCUAGUACAGAUGAUAGCCCGAAGUAUGGUUAUAAGGACAAUGACAGUGUGGUGAAGGCUAUCUACACUGGUUCAGAAUAUGUAAGUGCCGCAUCUGGCGAUGAGGACUUUGGCCUUGUCCUGGAAAGUACAAGCUUCUACGCUGAACAGGGUGGUCAGAUAUAUGACACUGGGAAAAUUGAAGGGUCUUUCGGAUCUUUCAAUGUAACUAAUGUUCAAGUAUUUGCUGGGUAUGUGCUGCAUAUGGGCUCAUUUACAAAAGGUUCCAAGGCAUUGUCUGUUGGUGAUAAAGUGGCAUGCAAGGUUGAUUAUGCUCGCCGUGCUCUCAUUGCUCCAAACCAUACAUGUACCCAUAUGCUGAACUUUGCUCUACGGGAAAUACUUGGUGAUCAUGUUGACCAGAAAGGUUCAAUUGUUCUCCCAGAGAAGCUACGGUUUGAUUUCUCCCAUGGGAAACCUGUUCAGCCAGAAGAUUUGCGGAAAAUUGAGUCUAUAGUGAAUCAACAGAUAAAAGACAAACUGGAAGUAUUUGCACGUGAAAUAAAAUUAGCAGAUGCGAAGCGCAUAAAUGGUCUACGAGCUGUGUUUGGUGAAAUCUAUCCUGAUCCGGUAAGAGUUGUAUCAGUUGGUCGCAAAGUGGAAGAUCUACUUGCCAAUCCUGAAAGCAAAGAAUGGCUAUCCAUUUCAACAGAGCUGUGUGGCGGUACACACAUUAAAAACACUAGCGAGGCAGAAGCAUUUGCCCUGUUGUCCGAGGAGGGUAUUGCUAAAGGUGUUAGGAGGAUCACAGCUGUUACUGCUAAACAUGCCUCUGAUGCUAUAAAGGAUGCAUCAUCUAUUGAUUCUGAAAUCAAUGAAGCAUCAAAAUUGGAGGGAGCUAUAUUGGAAAAGACGAUUGCUUCCAUCAAGAGCAAGCUUGAUACAGCUUUAAUUCCAGCUGCAAGAAAAGCUGAUCUUAAAGGCCGGGUGUCGAAGUUGGAGGAUGAACUUAGGAAGGCCAAGAAGAAAAUGGGCGAGGAGAACAUCCAGAAGGCCGUGAAGUUUGCAAUAGAUGCCGCCCAAACUGCUCUUUCUGAAGGAAAGCGCUUCUGUGUUGCUCAUGUAGAUGUGGGUCUUGACACAAGUGCUAUUCGGGAAGCAGUUAUCAAAGUCAAGGACCAGAAGGAUUUGCCAAUCAUGCUAUUCAGCACGGAUGAAGCCACGAAUAAGGCAGUCAUUUAUGCUGGUGUGCCUCCCAGCGCUGCUAACAGCUUGAAGGUGUUGGAUUGGUUGACACCAUCGAUUGCGCCCCUCAAAGGAAAGGGAGGUGGUGGCAAGAAUGGAAUUGCCCAGGGCCAGGGAACUGAGGCCUCUCAACUAAAGGAAGCUAUGGAGGUUGCUACCCAGAUAGCUUCAAUGAAGCUGGUCUAACUUUUGGAUACCUAGUUUCCAUCUGUUCUUUUUUUUUUCCUAUUGAUGCUUCUUUGUAACAAUUUCGCUCCUUACAGAAGUUUUAUAUCAUGUCGAAACGUGAAAGCAAAAAAGGUUGAUUGAUGUUACCAAAUACCGAUACGCUUCUGUACGGGCCACAUUUAAUCGUAUUGGUUUAUCAAAAUGGCAAAUUUAACUUGUUAUUAUA